GAGAAGGAGAAGCGUUACGUCCUCUUGCUUGAUGGUCUACGAGUCCGUGAUAUUGAAUCGAGUUUCUUUGGAAAGAAACACGUGUUUGCUCUCUGCUACCCUGAUGGCCGUAAUGUGUACAAGGACUAUAAGCAGGUGGAAUUAAGUGCCGAAUCUGCGGAUAUGGUUGAGGCCUGGAAGGCGUCUUUCUUGAGGGCUGGAUCUUUUUCACUGCUUGUGUUUCAGGCAAUGGACAAUAUGCCUGAAUCGGACGAUCCUCAGCUCCAACGACAGGUGGAAAUCAUUCAAAAUCUAGUCGAAUCCUACAUGAAAAUUGUUCACAAAACCCAACGCGAUCUCGUCCCGAAGUUAAUCAUGCACAUGGUAGUCAACGAGCUGAAGCAAUUUUUGAGGAGCGGUUUGCUUCCAUGCCUUUACCAGGCCGGAGACAUGGUGAGUUACUGUCAGCUCUUGUCUUCGUCCCUAGCUCUCAUCGCUACGGAAAUUUAUCUCUGUCUUGAAUAUUAG